UCCGCAGGGUGUACAUCGUACGCACCCAUCUCCCUCCCACACAACUAUAAUAAUAAAUCCAAAAAGUGAAAUUAAAAAUCCUGUUUUCUUCUCUUCUCUUACAGGCUAUUUUAUACGCUCUCGGAACCCUAAUUUCCUGAUUCUCUCCUCAGUAAAUUUGUAUAGGUAUAAAAUUUGGCUUACGAUUUUGCAACCGGGUCGUAGUGCCGGAUGUCGUCUGUGUCCAGCCAGCCGCAGUUCCGCUACACUCAACCUCCAUCCAAGGUUCUCCAUUUGAGGAACUUACCAUGGGAAUGCACUGAAGAGGAACUGAUUGAACUAGGGAAGCCAUUUGGGAAAGUUGUAAACACAAAAUGUAAUGUUGGAGCCAAUCGGAACCAGGCUUUUAUUGAGUUUGCGGAAUUAAAUCAAGCUAUUGCUAUGAUAUCAUAUUAUGCCUCAUCAUCUGAGCCAGCUCAGGUACGAGGGAAAACCGUCUACCUACAAUAUUCCAACAGGCAAGAAAUAGUGAACAACAAAACUACUGCAGAUGUUGCUGGAAAUGUACUCUUGGUAACAAUUGAGGGGAAUGAUGCGCGUCUUGUCAGCAUUGAUGUCCUACACUUGGUAUUUUCUGCAUUCGGAUUUGUACAUAAGAUCACUACUUUUGAGAAGACUGCUGGUUUUCAGGCUCUGGUGCAAUUUUCUGAUUCAGAGACUGCCUCCGCUGCCAAGGAUGCCCUUGAUGGAAGAAGCAUUCCAAGGUAUUUGAUUCCAGAGCUCGGACCAUGUUCACUUAGGAUCACAUAUUCCGCACAUACAGACCUGAGCGUCAAAUUCCAAAGUCAUCGUAGUAGGGACUACACCAAUCCUCUCCUUCCUGUUGCUCCUUCAGCCAUAGAUGCAAGCGGCCAGUUCAGUUUAGGAGUUGAUGGGAAAAAGUUGGAGCCCGAGAGCAACGUUCUACUUGCUUCCAUCGAAAACAUGCAAUAUGCAGUCACCUUGGAUGUUUUACAUACGGUCUUUUCAGCAUUUGGGCCUGUCCUAAAAAUUGCCAUGUUUGAUAAAAAUGGGGGUCUUCAAGCUUUGAUUCAGUAUCCCGAUGUCCAGACAGCUGUUGUUGCAAAAGAAGCCUUGGAAGGACAUUGCAUAUAUGAUGGAGGAUACUGCAAGCUUCACAUCUCAUAUUCUCGACACACUGAUCUCAGCAUAAAGGUCAAUAACGACAGGAGCAGAGACUACACAAUCCCCAAUACUCCAGCUUUGAACUCACAACCCUCGUUAUUAGGACAACAACCAUAUCCAGUGGGAGGUCCAGGUGUUCAUGCUUAUGGUGGAGGUGGUGCGCAAUACGCUCCCCCAUCAGACCCUCAUGCAAACCCUUCAGCAGGUUGGAACCCACCUGGCCCUGCAGCACCUCAAUCUAUGCCGAUGCAGAUGCAUAAUUACCCAUAUGGGCCCCCUGCAGGUGCUCCUGCAAUGGGCCCUGGGCCAGUACUACCUCACAGCCAAAAUGGGCUGCCACACUCAUCUCCGAUGCGCCCUUAUCAUCAUCAAUAGCCCAAGUACUUGUGUAAAGCAUGAGUUAUGCAAGUACAGAGGAUACGAAUCCUUCAGUUGACUAGAUGUGGAAACAAACUGCUUCAUGGGCGAUGAUACUGCUCCUUUCUCAUUGUACGUUCUCUUACUGAAUUACCAAUCAGGAUUUUGGUAGUGAAUCCCUUUGAGCUCCUUUGUCAAGUCAAUUAUGCUUUCCACCCUUUAUAGGGAUUGCAUGAGUAUGGACAUUCAGCUUUUUUUCUUUUUUUGGGCAAUUAAUGUGGUAAUAUUGUACAUCUUAAUUCAGUUUUUAAGUACGAACUCGGAGGAUGUAGCUCUGUUGUAAGCAGAUCAGAAUUUGAAUGCCCUUUGCUUAAUUCCGGAUUAA